AUGUCUUUGUUUCAUGCUAUUUGUUUGCAAAUACGACAACUUCCUUUGUCAAAAAUAUGUCCUUUGGAGUAUGCUAAUUACGAAUAUGAAUGGUAUCUCAGGCGAAAAUGUCGAUUCACUGGUUUUCAAAAGCAGUUUUCCAAUUUCAGUGGAGUAUCUCCUACCUUUUACUGUUAUGGAUAUCUUGUCUACGCGAAGUAUGAGCCAGUACCACUCACUACCAGGCUUCACACGCAGAUAUCUGUUGGUGUACUGGAUCCAUUCAUUCCACUGAAUUUGCGUUUUCAUAACAGCAUGUUUUCCUCUUUGUUCAGUCUAGAAUAUAAUUUCAAACUCUUUAGCAGAGCCAAGCGUAUAGUUGGAAAAAAUCCCUCCUAA